GCUUCCGGGUGACUUCAGUGAAGAAAUCCUUUUGCAUCUGCUGCUUUUUGUAUUUUCUAAAGGAAAGCUAAAGGCUAAAGAGCUCAUAAAACCUUUAGAAAAUGAACAGAAUAUUUGGACGCGGAAAACCGAAAACGCCUCCUCCGAAUCUGUCGGACUGUAUCGGUAACGUGGAUGCAAGAGCGGAGUCCAUAGAAAAGAAGAUUGGCAGACUAGACGCUGAACUUGUGAAGUACAAGGAUCAGAUGAAGAAGAUGAGAGAUGGGCCCUCGAAGAACAUUGUGAAACAGAAGGCACUGAGAGUCCUGAAGCAAAAGAGAAUGUAUGAAGGUCAGAGGGAGCAGCUGGCUCAGCAGUCUUUUAACAUGGAGCAGGCAAACUACACAAUCCAGACAUUAAAAGACACCAAAACAACAGUGGAUGCCAUGAAGAUCGGUGCAAAGGAAAUGAAAAAGGCUUACAAGGACGUCAAACUUGACCAGAUUGAUGAUUUACAGGACCAACUGGAGGACAUGAUGGAGGACGCCAACGAGGUACAAGAGGCUCUGAGCCGCAGCUACGGCACUCCAGAGUUAGAUGAGGAUGAUCUUGAAGCAGAGCUGGAUGCACUUGGUGAUGAGCUGCUGCUGGACGAUGACAGCUCCUACCUGGACGAGGCGUCGGCUGCUCCGUCUAUCCCCGAAGGAAUCCCCAGUGACAGCAAAACAAACAAGGAUGGCGUUUUGGUGGAUGAGUUUGGCCUGCCACAGAUUCCUGCCUCAUAAACAAGGAACGCAUUCAAAGCAACUGCACUUCAACUGAAAACACUUUUAUAUGUAGAGUAACAUUUAUACAUGCAAAACAUUUGACCCUGACAACACUACGAUUUUGGAGCCGUCCUGGUGUUGGGUUGUUUGUUGUUACCACUACCGUGCUAGCAUGAGGCCUUGUAACAUACUGAACAUUUUUUUAAAAGCGUUUUCUUCCUUUCGUCCUUCCGUGUAACACUUGUUGGUCUCGUCUGUCCGCAGAAUGAGGAUGUUUAUUUUUAUUUGUAUUAUAGUUUUGUGUGUUGUUCAGUCCAUUAUGUUUCGAGUUCCCAAAAGUGGAGGUGAUUCCCACUUUUCCUGUCUGCAGGUUAUUUAAAACAUGCAAAAUAAAUUAUGUCUUUUGAUUUAA